UUUUCACAAAAGAAAAAGAAAAAGAAAACAGACAUGCAAGUUCGUAUCAUUUCAAGAGAAACCAUCAAGCCCUCAUCACCAACGCCCUCUCACCUCAAAACGUUAAAAUUCUCCCUCUUCGACCAGAUUGCUCCCAAAAGCUAUAUUCCAACAAUCUUGUUUUACCCUACAACUGAUGGCAUUCUCAAACAAGCUCAAAUAUCAAGCCAGCUGAAGAAAUCACUCUCGGAAGCUCUAACACGCUUUUACCCUUUGUCAGGAAGGGAAAAGGAUCAGUUCUCUAUCCAAUGUAAUGACGAGGGAGCCUCAUAUUCAGAAGCCCUUGUCGACUAUAAUAUGUCUGACUUCCUCGAUCCACCCAAAAUAGACUUACUGAACCAAUUGCUUCCAUGCCAGCCUUGGGUGGCUUGCCAAGACCGUGCUUCAGCGGUCUGCCUGGCUAUUCAAGUUAAUGUUUUCAAUUGCGGUGGAAUAGCCAUUGGUGUUUGCGUGCUUCACACCGUCGCUGACGGAAUCACAGUGAGUUCAUUCCUUAAAAGUUGGGCGACCAUCGCACGUGGACGUCUGGCUAAUGACCAGCAACUAUUUUGCCCCGACUUCACCACUGCAUCGACGCUCUUUCCUCCAAGAGAUCUGAGGUCGUUGACUUGUUCAAAUCGAUUCAUGGUCGCUUGGCAUAAAGAAGCAAUAUCCGUCACAAGGAGAUUUGUGUUUGAUGCCAAUGCGAUAGCCAACCUGAAGGCCAAAGCAGAAGGCGAAUACUUGUCUAACCCUACGCGCUACGAAGCAUUGACUGCACUUAUGUGGAAAUGUUUGAUUAGUGCCUCUAUGAAGAUAUCGGGUUUGCCAAGGCCGUUCUUGUUAGAGCAUGCAGUGGACAUUAGAAGGCGAAUGGGGCAACCCUUGUCAGCUGAUUCCAUGGGAAACGUGAUAAUAGUAGCCAACGCAGUGUAUGACCCAGCUGAGACAAAUAUUAUCCUACGGGACUUGGCGACCAUAGUAAGGCAAUCCAUCGACGAAGUCAAUGGAGAUUUUAUGAGAAGUUUACGGGGUGAUGAAGGGUUUUUCCUGGUUAGUGGUUACGCGGAAAUGAUAGCGGAAAUGCUUGAAAAUGAAGAGCCCGUAUCACUUGGGUUUACAAAUUGGUGUAAUUUUGGUUUCAACGAGAUUGAUUUUGGAUGGGGGAAGCCACUUUGGGUUGGUGCUUCUGGGGGAGUCAACAUAUCCUUUGUCAAUCGUAUUCUUUUUAAGGAUAUGGAAUGUGGUAAGGGCACAGAGGCAUGGGUGACUUUAGAGGAAAAGGAAAUGGCUGUGUUUGAAAACGAUCCAGAGCUGCUUGCUUUCGCUUUUCCGAAUCCAAGUGUUUCUCGCCCAUAAUUCCUCGUUUUUGGAAGUCUAUAAUCUUCACAAAAAUGGGUAGGAAUCAGAGAUGCCAAUGAAAUCAAGACUGUCCGGUCUGUACGUACGUGAUGAGUUCGAUCGUGUUGCUGCAGUACGUACUACUGCAUGCAGUCAAGUGAUCUUUUCGUUUUAUUGUUAGUUUUCUGUAUGUCGAUCUCUUUCGUUUUUCCGUACGUAGUCGAUCUCAUAAGACGUUCUAUCGUCGUCAAUUAUAUGCGAGGAUAAUAUCUUUCUACGUACACUAUGGUCAAUUGAAAAAUAAUAAGAUG